AAGCGCACCGGAGAGCGGAGAGAGAGGAGAGAGAGCUGUCAAACGUCUGGUAGGAUCAGAUGAUCAGAUAUGCCAGACAUGGAAGCUGAUGAUCGGGGAAAGAGCGAUGAUUACUACCUGGAGCUGUCACCCGAUCCCAUCAGGUUCGAAUCGGUCAGCUGCCUCACGAAUGUGUUUUUCGAUGAUUCGAAGCAGCAAGUGUUCGCCGUCCGCUCGGGAGGUGUUACAGGAGUGCUCGUUAAGGGCCCGGACCAGAACCUGAACUUCCGGAUGGAGGACAAGGGCCCGGUGAUAUCCAUCAAGUUCUCCCCCGACAUGAACGUGCUCGCGAUCCAGCGCACCCACUUGUCGGUGGAAUUUGUCAAUUACUCCUCCGCCUCCGGCCUGGAUCACGUCGAGUACUCGCAGUCGUGCAAGGGAAAGAACGCCGUAAUACUGGGCUUCGUGUGGACUCACGGCACCGAGAUACUUGUGGUCACGGAUCACGGAGUAGAACUGUUUCAAGUCAACCCGGAGAAACGUAACGUCCGAGCGCUCAAGUGCUUGAGCUUGGGCGUAAACUGGUUCGUGUUCUGUCCCAAGAGUUAUCUGGUCUUACUGUCAUCUGGCACGGUCGGCAAUCAGAUACAAGCGUUACACGUUACGCCCGGCAAUCUGCACAAGUUGACAAAAUUUGAAAUCGAGCAUGGCGUGACGAAACCGGGCAAGCUGGCAGUUUCCGAAAGGGACGUGGCGUUGGCCGUGUUGUAUGGGAUGCCUUGCAUAAUUUUGUUACGUCACCAACCGGGAGCCAACCGCUCGAUGGGAACAGCAUUCGUAUACGUCUACACUGUACACAAAAUGAUGACCAUUAAAAAGAGUCACAUGUUAAAAUUGGACGUCGGUGGCCGAUUUGCUAUAAACAUUGUUGAUAAUCUCAUCAUUGUUCAUCACCAAGCAUCAAAGACGUCAAUGAUAUUCGACAUUAUGCUAUCUGGCGUGAGCGAUGGGACGAUAAUGCAUCACACGAGUAUAACUACGGCGAAGCCGAUUAAGCCUUUCAAUCUUAAAGUGCCGGGUGCAACCUUGUCUGAUCAGAUGUAUCAACCAUGCCAGUUAUAUUCCCCUAAUUGGGUUGUUUUCCAACCAAAUAUAAUAAUUGAUGUAAAAUUGGGUUGUUUAUGGUAUGUCGAGCUCAGGCUAGAAACUUUGGUGAAGCUAAUCACGGAUAAGGUGCUUCUGGUGGAAUUUUUAAUGCAACGGUCAACCGCCAAGCAGAUGUUAAUACAAGUCCUGCAGAGUUUUAUGAGCCAGUUACCUGUAAGUUUAAUGGAGAUGCCGACCAUAUUCGACAAACUUAAUUUUGUAUACAGAAAUUAUCUAGAAAACGAAAUACAAAACCAGAUGGGAACGCCUUUGCAGAGUAACGUUAAAAAUGUAACAACGGUGGCUGAAAAUUUCAAGUAUAAGCUGUUGCUCGAUCAAAGCGACAUGUACAGUCACAUAUUAUCGAAAUUUCCGGAGGAUACGAUAGAACCAAAGAUGAUAAUAUGGGUUCUACUCGAGUAUAUCAGAUCAUUGGCUGAACACGGAAUACCAGUGCAACAUUACUUGCACGAAUUAGUCAUCACAACAUUGGUACACCGAAAAGCUUACUAUCAGCUCCAUCAAUUGUUACAGUAUCACGUAGUCGCUGAUUCGAAGCCGUUGGCCUGCCUGCUGCUCUCCCUAGAAAACCUGUAUCCGGCGGCGCAUCAAUUAGCCUUGGACAUGCUGAAACGACUGGGAAACGCGCACGAGGAGAUAAUCGAGGUGCUUCUAUCGAAGGGACACAUCUUGGCUGCCCUACGGUACGUUCGGUCGGUUGGAAUGGCGGAUCAAGUAUCUGCGAGGAAAUUCUUGGAGGCGGCGAAAGCUACCGACGACGCGACGCUCUUUCACUCGGUCUUCAAGUUCUUCGAGCAGCGCAAUUUGAGGCUGCACAACACCACGGCCUUCACGAAGGGGGAACAUUGUCAGCCAUACGUGCAGCAUUUCAAAUAUUUAUUCCAAGGAACGGACAAUGAAUGCAAUUCGGACACGAACUCGAAUGUUACCACUAUUUCCUCGUAGAAUUCCAAUAUCGCAGUGUCCGUGAGAGAAUAAUAGGUAAAAAGAAGUCACCUACAUUUUAUUUUUCAUUUAACGAGGCUGAUAGAGAAUUUACGUGCUGUAGCUGCUUACGUAAUUGUAAAUUCCUAUGUGUAUAAAAAUAUAUUGUUAUGGAUUAUUUAUUAUGAAAAAGAGAAUAAAAAAGAAUUAAGGAAACUU